AUGCGGUUUUCUCUUGCGGCUGGAAUAGCCAGAGUCAGUUUUAAGUCAAAGAUACCCACAACAACCACAACACCACUUUUUGUUUCUGUACGGCGGUAUGUAAAUGUACUCUAUCGUAUUCCCCCAGAACAUACUAUUCCAACCCAUAGUCCAAGUGGAGAGGAAAUAGAUACGGAAUUAUUUAUUCGUCAAUUAAAAGAUCUCUUUUUGGCAUUACGACAAACACAACUUGUAGAACAAGUUCAUGAAAUGCGAGCUUGUCCAUAUUAUGACUGUCUUUUCUCUGCUGAUAUCAUGUUUCAACAUUAUGAUGUUGUAUUACCUAUGCCAAAAUAUGGACGAGAACAUAGAAGUUCAGAAAUGAGUGAAACUCUUCGAUAUUUACGAGCUUGUGGAGCAACUGGUGAUUUUAAUCAUAUAUUACAAGAUGUAAAAGGAGGUGCUGCAAGUGGUGGAGAUUUUGUAUCUACUUCUCAUGGUAUUUUUAUGGCUUAUGGAACUUCACGUACGAAUAAACUUUGUAUGAUGGCUAUAACUGGUGCAGGAGCUCCAAAUGAAGCAGCUGCUGUUCAACAACGUUCAUUAAAUGUAGAACCUAUUGAAGUAGAUCCAGAAGCUCCUCCAUUAGCGGAUAUGAUGGCUUUUGCAGGUAAACGAACACUUAUUGUUCAUGAUACGGUACAUGGAAGAAAAGCAGCAGAAGCGGCAUCACGUGCUGUAUUAAAAGUACCAUGGCAAAUAUUAAGAGUAGAACCUGGUUGUCAUUUCCUUUCUCAUCUUUGUGGUGUAAAUGCGGUAUAUGAUGUACUUGUAGAUCAAGAUUAUCCAAUCUCUAUGGAACGUAUUGGUGAAGCUGGUCUUAAUCCUUUCCCUGUAGAAUGGACAGAACCACGUAAACUUGGUAUUUCUAUGCGAAGUGUUUGUCUUAUUGCCCGUUUUGCACGUGGUUCCAUGAGUGCUGGAGGUUAUGCGGAUAGUGAUGGACAUCGUGCGGCUUCUUUUAAUUAUCAUUCUCGUAAUAUCGCCAAGAAUAGUCGUCUUUUUCAAAAUGGACAUCGUCGUCAUGGUGAUAGUGGUGGGCCAUUGGAGGCGCAGUUGCGGUCUGGUGAAUUACCAGAGCCAGUCUAUCAACGGCCUCCUCGCUACGCCCCUCCUAUGCACCGCAGUGGAGGUCUUGUCAACUCCAAUGAGAAGGAUUAA